CCUUCUCAGUUGAAGUAUGUCCAUAUGGUGGUGAAACCUACCCAGCAGAUUACACAAGCCAGUGAAGAACAAAAUAAUACUCGGACAACUCUAUCAAAGAUAAAUUCUCUAGCAAAAUGAUGGGCCCUCACACUAGUACAGAAGGAAAUGUCACACAGGCAGUUCUACCUAGGAGUAAUCUAUGCAGUUCAGCAUUUCAAGAUGGUUUAGUUCAAAAUAAUGCACAAGUAAUUUCAUCAGGUAUGGCAUCUUCAAAAAACAUUCUAGUGUCCCAGAAUGUUCUGCAACAAAAUAAUACUUGGGCAGCUUUACCAAAGAAUAGCUUAUCUUGCAGUAUGACAGUACCUCAGACCAUUACACAAGGAAGUAACAUACAGGCACCUAUACCCAGUAGUAAGCUGCUUAGUUCACCACUGCAUGAUGGUUUAGUUCAAAGUAAUCCACAGGAAAUUUUACCUGAUGUAGCCUUUUCUGAUAAUAGUACAAUGCCCCAAAAUAUUCCAAUGCAAUACCCCAAAAACCAGUUAAAACACAUCUAUAUGUUAAUGAAACCAAACCAGCAGAUUACGCAAGCCAGUGAAGAACUUGGCCAAAAUAACACUCAUGCAACUCGAUCUGAAAAUAAAUUCCGUAUCAAAAUUAUGGUCCCUCACACUAGUACAAAAGAAAGUGACACACAGGUAGCUCUACCCAGGAGUAAUGUAUGCAGUUCAGCUUUUCAAGAUGGUUUAGUUCAAAAUAAUGCACAAGUAAUUUCAUCAGGUAUGGCAUCUUCAAAUGACAUUCUAGUGUCCCAGAAUGUUCUGCAGCAAAAUAAUACAUGGACAGCUUUACCCAAGAAAAGUUUUUCUGCCAGUAUGACAGUACCUCAGACCAUUACACAAGGAAGUAACAUACAGGCACCUAUACCCAGUAAUAAGCUGCUUAAUUCACCAUUGCAUAAUGGUUUAGUUCAAAAUAAUCCACAGGAAAUUUUACGUGAUGUAACCUUUUCUAAUAAUAGUACAAUGCCCCAAAAUAUUCCAAUGCAGUACCCAGAAAACCAGUUGAAAAUUAACUAUAUGGUAGUGAAACCUAACCAGCAGAUUACGCAAGCCAGUGAAGAACUUGGCCAAAAUAACACUCAUGCAACUCGAUCCAAAGAUAAAUUCUGUAGCAAAAUGAUGGUCUCUCACACUAGUACAAAAGAAAGUGACACACAGGUAGCUCUACCCAGGAGUAAUGUAUGCCGUUCAGAAUUUCAAGAUGGUUUAGUUCAAAAUAAUGCACAAGUAAUUUCAUCAGGUAUGGAAUCUUCAAAUGACAUUCUAGUGUCCCAGAAUGUUCUGCAGCAAAAUAAUACAUGGGCAGCUUUACCCAAGAAUAGCUUUUCUGCCAGUAUGACAGUACCUCAGACCAUUACACAAGGAAGUAACAUACAGGCACCUACACCCAGUAGUAAGCUGCUUAGUUCACCAUUGCAUGAUGGCUUAGUUCAAAGUAAUCUACAGGAAAUUUUACCUGAUGUAGCCUUUUCUAACAAUAGUACAAUGCCCCCAAAAAUUCCAAUGCAGUACCCAAAAAACCAAUUGAAACUUAUCUUGGUAGUGAGACCUAACCAACAGAUAGCUUUAGCCAAGAAUAUCCGUUUGAGAGUACCUCAUACUGUUGCAACAGAAAGUAACAUACAGGUACUUACACCUAAUAAUAUGCCUCUUAGUUUAACACUGCAUGAUGGAUUAGCUCAAAGUAAUCCACAGGAAAUUUUACCUGGUGUUGCAUCUUCAAAUAACAAUCCAAUGCUCCAAAAUUUUCGAGAACAAAAUAAUUCACAGGCAGCUUUACUUAAGAAUAAGUUUUCCAGCAGUAUGAAAGUACCUUGGACUAUUGUAAAAGAAAGUAACAUACAGGCACCUGUAUCCAAGAAUAAGCUUGGUAAUCCACUAUGGCAUGAUCCGCUUCAAAGAGAUACACUGAAAGUUUUACCUGGUAUGGCAUUUCAUAGUAAUAGAGUAACAACCAAGGCAGUUGCAUUGCAAACUAGUACAUUGGCAGAUUUACCCAAGAAUAAUUCUUGCAUUCAGCAUUUUCAGGACCAACAAAACAAAUUUGAUAUUUCAGGCAAAUAUCAGAAAAUGACAAGUACAAUGCCCACUCAUCCUGUUGUCUGGAAAAAUGGGCAAAUUGUAAAGGAAAAUGAAUAUUUAAAAUCAGACUGUGUAUCUCUUUCCUCCAGUACAAGUAACAGACAGCUUGUACUUGCUGAUCGGGCAAAGAAUGUUUUAAAAAGUGUAAAGCAUAUUUCAAAACAGAAAUCUCUUGCAGAACUAAGUACUCCACUUUCAAAGGCCAGUACUGAGAAUAUGAUUGAAAAUAAAGAGGUCUCAAGUGCACUAGAAACCAGUAGCAUGACACACAUAAAGUUUGUUCAUGCUGUUCUCAGAAAAGAUGGGCAAGAUGUAAAGGAAAAUAAAUUUUUUAAAUCAGUUGAGUUUCAUAGAAACAUACCUGCAAAAGAGGCACCAUCUGAAUCAGACUAUGUAUCCCUUUCUUUGAGUAAUGCUUGGUCAAGUAACAGACAGCCUGUAAUUGAAGAUGGGGUAAAGAAUAGUUCUGUAAAGAAAUCUGUAGCAGAGCUUGAUACCUCACAUUUAAAGGCCAGUACUACUGAGAAUAUGAUUGAAAAUAAAGAGGUCUCAGGUGAACAGAAAGCCAGUAACAUGCAACAGACGAGUACAAAGUCCAUUCAACCUGUUGUCAGAAAAGAUGGGCAAGAUAUGAAGGAAAAUGAAUCUUUAAAAUCAGUAAGGUUUCAUGGAAAUAUGGCAGCAGGAGAGACAACAUCUGAACCAGACUGUGUAUCCCUUCCUUCGAGUGAUGCUCGUUCAAGUAACAGACAGCUUGUAAUUGAUGAUGGGGUAAAGAAUAGUUCAAUAAAGAAAUCUGUAGCAGAGCUUGAUACCUCACAUUUAAAGGCCAGUACUACUGAGAAUAUGAUUGAAAAUAAAGAGGUCUCAGGUGAACAGAAAGCCAGUAACAUGCAACAGAUGAGUACAAAGUCCAUUCAACCUGUUGUCAGAAAAGAUGGGCAAGAUAUGAAGGAAAAUGAAUCUUUAAAAUCAGUAAGGUUUCAUGGAAAUAUGGCAGCAGGAGAGACAACAUCUGAACCAGACUGUGUAUCCCUUCCUUCGAGUGAUGCUCGUUCAAGUAACAGACAGCUUGUAAUUGAUGAUGGGGUAAAGAAUAGUUCAAUAAAGAAAUCUGUAGCAGAGCUUGAUACCUCACAUUUAAAGGCCAGUACUACUGAGAAUAUGAUUGAAAAUAAAGAGGUCUCAGGUGAACAGAAAGCCAGUAACAUGCAACAGAUGAGUACAAAGUCCAUUCAACCUGUUGUCAGAAAAGAUGGGCAAGAUAUGAAGGAAAAUGAAUCUUUAAAAUCAGUAAGGUUUUAUGGAAAUAUAGCAGCAGGAGGGACAACAUCUGAACCAGACUGUGUAUCCCUUCCUUCGAGUAAUGCUUGUUCAAGUAACAGACAGCUUGUAUUUGAUGAUGGGGUAAAGAAUAGUUCAAUAAAGAAAUCUGUAGCAGAGCUUGAUACCUCACAUUUAAAGGCCAGUACUACUGAGAAUAUGAUUGAAAAUAAAAAGGUCUCAGGUGAACAGAGAGCCAGUAACAAGAAACAGACGAGUACAAUGUCCAUUCAAUCUGUUGUCAGAAAAGAUGGGCAAGAUGUGAAGGAAAAUAAAUCUUUAAAAGUAGUAAGUUCUCAUGGAAAUAUAGCAGCAGGAGAGACAACAUCUGAACCAGACUGUGUAUCCCUUUCUUCGAGUGAUGCUUGUUCAAGUAAUAGACAGCUUGUAAUUGAUGAUGGGGUAAAGAAUAGUUCAGUAAAGAAAUCUCUUGCUAGUACAAAGAAUAUAAUUGAAAAUAAAGAGGUCUCAGGUGAACAACAAGGCAGUAGCACUGCUGGUUCUGAUACAGAUGAUGAAGUAUUAGUUAUUCGUGAAUGUAAAAGUGGAGCUAACAAAUGUAUAGAUGUUGUGUGCCACGUAUGCACUUCACUUGUCACUGUUGAAAAAAUGUUGGAUAUGCAUCUCCUGUUUGGUCAACUCAAAUGUAAGAACUGCAACUUAGAAAUAGCUUGCUGUAAUAUGAUGAAAACUUAUUUUUAUGGAAAUUCCUUCUGUAGUGGAAACAAACACCAAGGAAUACAUGACUUUACAGUUUGGUGCAAUGAUGUUAUUGAGUAUAUACUUUAUCAACUGAGGAGGGAUUUAAUUAUAAAAAAUUUUUGUAAGUAUGAUAGAAACAUUCCUGUAUGUGAUAAUGAUUUAUACAGUGAAUUGCAAGAUUAUGUUGAAAAACUUGCUAUCUUGAGAAAAUACCGUCCUUGGAAUUCAGCUUUACUUUAUUGUGAUCAGUUCAUCUUGUCACAGAUGAUGUCAAGAAAAACUUAUUCAGUAAGUAACACUAAUACACAUCUCACAGAUUCUGCAGUAGAAAAUAGUAGCAAAGCAGAUUUGUCCAGUUUUCAAGACAGCCAUUCACUGGAAAUAAUUUGUAAGAAAAAGGAAACUGAAAAAGAUUUAGAAAGAGAUAAAGCUGAAUAUGUUAGGAUUAAAAGAAAGAGAGGUAGACCUCGUUUAGUAGCUAGUGAAUGGGAUUUUCCUAAGGACAAAAGGUAUCUGAAAAUAUCAGUCACAGGAAAAAGUUUUAGCUGUCCAGAGGAAUGUCCUGAGUGUUAUUUUGCUAUUUGUCCCUCAAGAUUCAUCAUGAAAGUAAAUGACUUUACUCUGAAAUACACAUGUGUUGAGUGCCAUCUCCCUAUGUUUUUUGUAUUUGAAUCAGGUGAAGAAAAAUGUAAGAAAAGGAAGAGAGUAAAGUAAAUAUGGAGUGUGAAAUUAUACAAUUUAUAUGAGAUGGUAUAUGUACAGUGUUGUAUUAGAAAUUGUUGAAUUUUGUAACUCAUUUUACUAAUCUCUGUGUGAUUUUUCUAAUCUCCGUAUAAAAUCACUUUUCAUACAUUCAACUUCCCUGACAGAUAUAUACUUAGCUAUAGACUCCGUCGUCCCCGACAGAAAUUCGAAUUUUGCAGCACACGCUGCAGGUAGGUCAGGUGAUCUACCGCCCUGCCGCUGGGUGGCAGGAAUAGGAACCAUUCCCAUAUUCUAAUCAGAUUUUCUCUGUCGCCCGUAUUGUAAACAUAUGUUUUCGGUACCUCCUGACUUGAUUUUUGUUUUUCAUCGCCAUCGAUCUUCUGGGCUGUCUUUUGCAGGGAAGUACUGGGUCUUUGGUUUGGCAUACGCUUUUAUUAACUUUUUAAUGAAUUUGGCUUCGAAAUUCGAAGAAUAUUUUACGUGAAACUACAGAAUUUUUCGGUAGACACUCACAUAGUUUGCAACAAAAGGAGCUAUUAUUAUUUAUUCAUUAAUACGUGGAAUAAUUGUUAGAACUUGAUGGAGGAAAUAUUAAACUCUAACUUCCUACUUUAGGAAGUCAGAAAAGCAUAUAACUAGAUACGCUUCCUUUAGGAGCUUUAAUAGCUCUCGUGCUAACGAGCAGUUAGAUAUUAACAGUACUAGUAGUUUUGCAUCCUCAUCACCUUCUCACUCCACAGACUACAAAUCCAUAUUUGCGAAUUUGAAGAUAAUGGAUGUAGCUCAAAAUGCGAGCUCUUAAAAGGUAAGAAGUGAAUAUAGUGUUCUCAGUGCAGUGGAGGGUGCGUCUGAUCGGCUCUGUCUCGCUCCCAGGCCUAGACCUCUUCCAAGCUCCCAGGCCCAGAGGAGAAGGAAUGUCGAAAGCCUUACGGAGGUUAUGGAGAAUCCCCACCGAUCAGGCGUCCCCUCGGCAGGAUCUGUAGUAACAUCCCAGACUGCCAAGGAUAGCCAUUGGAAAGGUAUCCUUAAAAAGUGCGUCUCUUCUUCCGAUUCUUCAUCUUACAUCCGAAAAGACAAAGAAUUGACAUGUUUGGAGUUCGGACGAUCUAGCGCGUUCUCUGAAAACUAAGAGAACACUGAGCGCCAACCGGGCUAGAAGCGAAGAGCCAGCCAGGAAGCCGCGUUCCAGCAGUCAAGCGCGACCCACGUUCCAACAGCCAGCAGCGAGCCGCGUUCCAACAGACAAGUGCGAGCCGCGUUCCUACAGCCAAGCGCGAGCCGCGUUCCAGCAACUGGGCGCGAGCCGCGUUCCAGCAACGAGGCUCGAGCCGUGUUCCUCCCUCCAAGCGAGAACUAGAGUUCUGAUCUCCUGUUCCGCAUUCUUCCAUGAAGCGAGGAGUUGUGUCCGAGCUUCCUGAGAGGGUUCCGCCUUCUCCCAAGCAACUAGCUCCUAUAUAUGAGUGGUUUUCUUCAGAACUAGAAGAACCAUCUUGGCGAGAAGCGCCAGGCAGGACAGAAGCCUUUUCCAGGCAGGAGGAACUUUCCAGGAGAGAGGAGCUUAACAGGAACUUUCUCGGCGCAAGGCGCCUUCAAAGAGAAAAGAGGCGGCUAAGAGCGAGGAGCCUUCUAGUAAAGUGGCAAACAGAAGGAUCCUUCCAUGGAACGUUCCUGGCAAGAGGCACCUUCCAAGAGCGAGGAGCCUAGUAGGCGCUCGGAACUAUCAAGGCGCACGGAACGUUCCAGGCACGAGUCGCCUUUCAAGCGCGUGGAACUAUCCACAAGGCGCCAACUAGGCGCCAGGAUAUUCCAAAUCGCCUUAUGAGGGAGAGGUCAGUCGCGAGGCUCCUCUUUUGAGUUUUUAGCAGGAUCAGCCUUCUCCUGGCAAAGGCGCAAGAUGUCGCACAGGGGGCGGCCGCUUUUGUCAGAAUGAUUCUGAUACUGAGAGAAGCCCUUCUCCAAUAUUCAGAAGACUGCUGUGACAGGCAGUUCCUCUCAAUGCGGACUCUCUCCUUCAUUCAUACUCUUCCCUCGUUAUGAAGAGGCAAGAGCUUAGGGAGUUUCUUAAUAAGAAUCUCAUCUGCGUUCGGGAAUGAUGGCGGAAAGGGAAUAUCAAUCUUCCUUCCGUAAACCCUAGAUCUGAACAGGAAUCCUGUCUCUUCCGCGAUUUCUGAGGAAAUCACGAAGAUUUAAAGAGUUCCUGGAUUAACUUCCUUUCUUAGGGAGAUAUAUUUACUCUUUGUAUCUUAAUGGGUUAGUUCUCAUUUACAAAGAUCUUAAUGCAUCUUAUCGAGUAAGCAUAUACGCUAUCUUGGACGAUAUUCGGAGUAGCUCCCAUUCAUUGAUUAGAGGCUCUUCCAAGUAAUAGACGCGUGGAAUACGUCCUUUAAAUCUUAUGUCCAAGAGAAUAGGAAGCUUGAGAGAUUCUCUUCGAUACUCGUUUCUCACUUGGGAUAUCCUUCGGCUAAUACUAAUUCGUUCUAUUAACGAAAAGAAUGAAGAUAGUAAAUUUUCCUUUCUCUCUCUGCCUCGGCAAGGAAAGAAGGUAGUAGAGAAUCUGCUGUAUAAGAAUACGGUACGGUCAAGUCAUAUGCGCAUACUGUAGUUACCUCUAUGGUGUGCAACUGAAUUCCCUGUAUCCUUCCAGGAGUUUCCCAGGAAGGACUACGCUUAAAGGGAUUGUUAAGACAACACCGACUCAGCUUCUGGAUUUAAUGAAGUUUUGUUUCGCUUAAAUAUGCAUUAGUGAGAGCUUCCUGAGGCUCGAUAAUAAUUUUAUAAUAUUCCUUCAUUGAAUGGAGUAGCUGGCAACUCAGGAAGAAUAAGGCCAGACGGCUAACGGAGACUGCUAUCGCUUAGACCAACACAGUAACAUCUAGUUCUCGGUCAUCAGCAGUCGGUUACAUCUCUUUCUCCUACGGGAUUGAAUAGCUAACCGUAUCUCUCCCCUACAAUCAUGGACUUAGCCUCGGAUUGAGGGGAUAUAUAAGCAAACAUGAAUAAACAUUGUCUGCGUUUUGCUAAGAAGCUUUCAAUAAGAAAGAUAUUGCAACCUUUCAAUGCUGUUUACCGUAAGGUAACAUUAUUAGAGGAUUCUAACGCGGCAGAGCACUAUAUUAUAUAAUGCUAUGCUUAUGAAAGCAUAGCUUAUUAGAGAACUUGCUUAGUGAGAAGAUGGAUGAGUCUGAUGGGAACCAUUUUCUUUGGGUAGAAUUUUGUUUCCGUGAAUGGACUAUAUUACGCUUGUAAAGUUUUUUCCUACUAAAAAUGGAAAUAAUGGUAAUGUUUCUGGCUUCGCCCUCAUAGUAGGGUAAAAUGGUUUUGUCACAUUGUGGUCACGUCCCAGUUGACAAAUCAUAUAGAGCGCACCAGCUACAUAGGUCACGUCCUUGCUGGCAACUCUAGUGAAGCAUAUACAGCAUUCAGUGUCUAAACAACACCUAUAUGUUCUGUCACAUUGUGGUCACGCUCCCCGUGACAGUUCAUUAGAGAGCAACAGCCGCACAGGUCACGUCCUUGCUGGCAUCUCUAGGAAUGCGUUACCCGAAUUCGAUGUCUGUAAUGUAGGAUCUAGUUGCAUUUUGGUCACGUCCCAGUUGACAGAUCCUCUAGAACUCAACAGCUUUACAGGUCACUACCUUGCUGGAGUCUCUAGAAAAGCAGACAUACGAAAGGGUGCCGGGUACCAAGACAGAGGUACAGAAGUUCUGGCACAUAGUCUAAAAAGAAUUGCAAGCAAACUUAUUGGACUUGAUAAUUUCUCGAUAUAGCGGGUGUUAACCAAAGGGUUCAGUAGCCUCUCGUACAGAAGGCUCGGUAAUGUCACGGUUCGUUCCUGAGUUCGUUCCCGUCUAACUGGAGGGGGGGUUCGAUCUGGGACCCGCAUGGCGGUUUUUCUUCCCUUUCUGAGAGAAGAAUCACCUUUGUAUAUAUCUGCUAUCAAAGAAUACAGUACCAGGCUAUACUCUGUCUCUACAAAGGGACUUAGAGAUAGCAGAGGACUAAGAUCUUCGGGAUCUUACAUGGUACAUCAAUAAGACUUAAGACUAGGAUAUCAUGUGCUUCGAGUUGGGAUUUUUCCGUGGCCCGCAGAUUCCGUUAUUCCGGCAAGAUGGAACUUCUCCUCAUCAAGCUUCUUUUAGGAAUUUUAUGAGGGAAUUCACUGUUUCUCUUGGCCCUACCAACUGCCAAGAGGACAGGUAAAUUUCUGUAUAUUGGAAUCUCACAUCAGAUUCAAUGGAGACUCGACGAUGGGUUCUUGCCAGCAUAUUAUGUCUGGCGAAGAACUAAAACCCUUCUAAUCAUGGCUCAGAGCUUUGAAGUCAAGGGACUUUCCCAAUUGAUACAGGAAGAGAUAGAAGGUUUUCUUUGCCCAGGCAUGGUACGUAAGCUUUAUCUUCAGAAGAAGAAAUUGUUUAAUGUUUGCCUACAGAGUCUUUGGGGUGCGUUAAGGGCUCGAAGCGCUCCCCAAAAGGUACUCACAGGGACACGAUAAGAGUUAAGAAACCUAGGUUCGCCCACUUUCGGCUCGGAGUCUCCUUCGACUUCCAGGCUCCUUCCUCUCCUUAGGGCAAGGAGAUGGAAGAUUCUGCAACGAGAAACCUCCUCAACAUGUAGGAAUAGAUCUCGUUAGCAACGCAAGUACUCACGAAGGAUCCUCCUCGGAGGAAGACUCUUCUCUCUAGUCCUGUUUAGAUAUCCUAUCUACUGGAUGUAAGUGGCUACAAGCGCCUCCCCUCUUCCUAGGCCAGAGGCUCCAGGUAGAAGGAUUCCUUCCACCCUUCUCCAUUCUCCUGAUAAACAUUGUAAUUGGUUCAGGAGCCUCGGGCAACGAGCGCCAGCUAGGCACCAAAUGCCAAACAGGCAAAAAACGCCAGAGGCAGACAGCUCGAAUGAACGAGUUUAUUGUCUGAUGCGGAGAAGGAACAGACCUCCAACCUGGCGCAUUUUGGCGCAAAUGCGCCAGAGGCGAACAGAUCGGACAAGUGAGAGUGUCCGAUGUGGACAUCGCCAGCCAGCCUAGAGACUCCAGCCAAGCUCGAAGCUCCAGCAAGUAGGGAGGAGCCAGCCGAGCGCCAGGCGUCAAAAAGGGCCAGCCAGGAGCCAGGCGCGAAGCACUAUCCAGGCGCCAGAAGCACCAGCCAGGCUCCAGGCGCCAAAAAGAGCCAGCCAGGAGCCAGGCGCGAGGCGCCAGCCAGGCUCCAGGCUUCAUCCAGAAGAGAUCCAUUUCAAAGAACACCCUGGUCUUCUUUGAAACAAGUGUGAUCGCUAAAGCACUUCAUGACUGACUUGAUGAUUCCUUCAGACAGCUGAGAAUUAAAAGCGCAUGAAGUGCGAGCUUUUGUGAAUUCUUGUUCUUUCUAUAACAAUAUGUCAUAAAGGACAUAUUAGCUGUCACAUACGGGAGAUGCAACUCGGUGUUGACUUUCCAUUACCCGAAGGAUGUCAAGAUAACCUACGAGAGAUCCUUCUCUCUUGGUUGAUACGUGUCUGCGGAUACGUUGCUGGGAUAGGGAGCCGAUACUGAUCCUUAACUAGUGUGUUAAAUUUUAAUUAACGUCGUGUUUUUUUUCUUGGGUUGUUUGAAAGGAGUUUGGGGAUAACUCUUCAAUCUAAGCGCUAACCCUCGUGUUUGGAUCAGGUGAUCGGGAUCGGUGUUGUGCUCCUUAAUUUUGCCACUAGGCAUAGGUGUAUUGUCAUGUAAGUGGAUUAGCACCCAUUGACAAAUGCCAGUUAGGCUCUGCCGAGUAAGUGGAUAAGACCCCAUCGACAGACCCACAAGAACUCUUGGCCACAGAUCAAUAUCUCGCUGAGGCUCUUGAGGCGAAGCAGACUCCUAGGCAGUAGCCAUGAAGUCUUCCGCCUAAUCAGGUAGGAACCAAGGUCUAUAAAUACCUACAACAUAUGUUGUUUACCUGUCUAUUUCAGUAGUUAGCUGUCUCUUACCCUCCACCAAAGGGUGCCAAUCAGCUAAGUAUUUAUCUGUCAGGGAAGUUGAAUGUAUGAAAAUGAUAUUGUCAUGAUACAAUAAAGUUUCAUACAUACUUACCUGGCAGAUAUAUACGAUAAAUGGCCCACCCAGCCUCCCCGCAGGGGACAGGUGGAAGAGAGAAAAUCUGAUUAGAAUACGGGAAUGGUUCCUAUUCCUGCCACCCAGCGGCAGGGCGGUAGAUCACCUGACCUACCUGCAGCGUGUGCCGCGAAAUUUGAAUUUCUGUCGGGGACGACGGAGUCUAUAGCUAAGUAUAUAUCUGCCAGGUAAUUAUGUAUGAAACUUUAUUGUAUCAUGACAAUAUCAUGUUUUGCAAUUGCAUACAUAGUACAGUAUGUAUUGAAUAUGAAAAUAUAUAUAUUUUUCUAUAAAUCAUUUACAUAAUUACUUCAAGAAAUAACUGUUUUGCCAUUGCACAUAUAAUAUCUAUAAAAAUAUAUAUAUUUAUUUUUGUAUGCAUUCUUCAUAGUUUGAUUGAAGUAAAAUAUGCCCAGCCACUUUCAGAAGACAUUGAGAAUUCUUGAGCAAAACUGUCUUGAGCCAAGGUCUAGCUCCAUAGAAUAGAGAACUGAAUAAAUAGUAGCUGAAAUUGUUAAAAAAUGUACAUAUAAUUAAUGUGUUUUAUAAAGAACAGGGAUUUUGCUCCAUAAAGUGUCCUUAUAUUUAGUCCUUGUUCUCGAAAUCCAGAGUUUUCAUAUGUGUUUUUUUAUCAAGUAGGUAAACUGGGUUGGUUAUGUGGGGUUGCUAAACUGGGUUGGUCAUGUGGGGUUGCCUGGGUAUCUCUACAUCUAGGUUUUUGAUUGGACAUAAGGCUUUUUGCCCUGCAGUGUUCACCAUUCAAAAUGGAUGUAGCUAACAGCCAUAUGUUUUUGUCCUUUCCAGUAUUGUUUCUGUUUAUAGCUUUCAUAUUGGUGCUCGACAGUAGUAGGUUCUUGGGUACUGUUUAUGAGUAUACUAGUUCUAAAUUAAGUUACUCCUUUCAAGUUUUUGUUAUUUUGUGUGGUUUUUGUGUUGAAGUAGUAUGUAAUUGUCCUGGCUGUGGUUAAAGAGGAGGUCUGUUUACAGUUGAUCCUGGUUAUGGUUUAAGAGGAGGUCUGUUUACAGUUGAUCCAAAAAGGUUAAUGCAUUCUUUAUUUUAUAUUUGGUAUUCACAUGUAUUAUGGAUAUUUUCUCUAUAGAAUUAUGUACUGUAUAGAUUUAACUCCGAUUCAAAUAAAAACAUCGAUCU